CAGGAAUCGCAUGUUGAAGCAAAUCAACGUUGUUGUAUUUUUUGAACUGUAAUGAUUUCAGUAUGAUUGUAGUAUAACAUAAUCCUUGUUACAUAACCGAGACAGAUUUGCAUGCUAAAUGCAACGUUAGCUUGGAAUAAAUCCUAUAAAUAAUGUGAUUUUUUUGUUGUGUUGUAACUAGCUAAUAUUAUACCCAAAUAUGUAUAAAUUUUCAACACGCUUCCGUUCUUUAUGUGAACAUUUAACUUGCUAGCUAAGCUAACUAGCUAGUCAACUAUCCAGCUAGCUAGUUACCUAAUGUAAUACCUGUGCCUUGUCUCAAGCUAGCUAACGUUAGCUGUGUAGCUAGCAGUAGUAAAGCUAGCGAACAACAAAGAAAAAGCACACACUUCAAGAUGUCCUUCAACAAAUCUAACGUUAGCUAGCAUUUGUAUUCAUUUGCUGCAGGGUGUACCAUGUAGCCCAUUUUGUUAAUUUCAAGAAAUAUUGUCCAAAUCAAAUUUUAUUGGUCACAUACAAAUAUUUAGAAGAUGUUAUUGCGGUUGUAGCGAAAUGUUUGCACUCAAACUGAGUGAUAUCCGAUGAUGUACCCGCCUCAGCUGAAUCUUUAAAUUAGGCUACAAUCCUGGGGAACAAGAACCGGAAAACACAUGAAGGCUUGUGUUCCACAUGUCUGCUGAAAUGGAAGGACUGUGACUAACUGACCAUGGAGUACACCACCUCAACAGGGGAGCAGAUAGUCGUGCAGACGUCCAAUGGACAGAUCCAACAACAGACUCAGGGCACAAUGACGGCUGUGCAGCUGCAGACCGAGGCGCCGGUAUUGACGGCCUCUGGCCAGCAGGUGCAGACACUCCAGGUCCAAGGCCAGCCCCUGGUGGUGCAGGUGAGCGGAGGGCAGCUGAUCACAUCGUCAGGGCAACCCAUCAUGGUGCAGGCUAUGGGGGGAGGACAGGGACAGACCAUCAUGCAGGUGCCUGUGUCUGGAGGACAGGGACUACAACAGAUCCAGCUACAGGGUGGACAGCAGAUCCAGCUGCAGAACGGUCAGACGAUCCAUCUAGGGGGACAACAGAUCCAGCUGCAGAACGGACAGAUGUUACAGCUAGGGGGACAGCAGGGUCAACCCCAACAGAUCAUCAUCCAACAGCCACAACAAGCCAUCACAGCCGGACAGAACCAGGGCCAGCAGAUUCAGUUGCAACAGGGCCAGCAGAUUCAGUUGCAACAGGGCCAGCAGAUUCAGUUGCAACAGGGCCAGCAGAUUCAGUUGCAACAGGGCCAGCAGCUGGCACAGACGGCUGAUGGACAGACCAUCGUCUACCAGCCAGUCAACGCAGAUGGCACCGUCCUGCAACAGGGAAUGAUCACCAUCCCAGCAGGCAGCCUGGCGGGGGCCCAAAUGGUACAGACAGGGGGUGCCAACACCACCACUACCAACAGUGGACAGCAGGGCACUGUGACCGUCACCCUGCCAGUCUCAGGCAACAUGAUGAACGCUGGUGGCAUGGUCAUGAUGAUGCCUAGUGGAGGUGCGGUGCCUGCUAUGCAGCGUAUCCCUCUACCCGGGGCUGAGAUGUUAGAGGAGGAACCUCUGUACGUCAACGCUAAACAGUACCAUCGCAUCCUGAAGAGAAGACAGGCCCGCGCCAAGCUGGAGGCUGAGGGCAAGAUCCCCAAGGAGAGGAGGAAAUAUCUGCAUGAGUCCCGUCACCGCCACGCCAUGCAGCGCAAGAGGGGAGACGGAGGACGCUUCUUCUCUCCCAAGGAGAGGGAGGAGAUGGCCCUGGCUCUGGCCCAGCAACAGGCAGAGCUGGCCGCCCAGGCAGGAGAAGACUCUGUAGCCCAGAUGGUCCGUGUUUCAUAGCAUUCGACACCCCGACAAUGUCUUCCUCCGUAUAUACACCUCUCGCUAGGCUUGGCCGAUAAACCGUGUACCGGGGUGUUUCCAAAUACCGGCAGUAUGAUUUUCAAUACCGUUUAUAUAUAUAUAUAUAUAUAUAUAAUCAUAUUUUUGUUUUGGGGGGUGCAUGUUACAACACUGCUUAGAAAUCUCAAAUGUGUCAAAUAAAUGAUAUCCUGUUCAGGGCUCCAGCUAUGCAUUUGGUUUGCUAACUUGCUCGCUAAGUAGCUAGAUGUCAAGAUCAAGCUUCUUGGUUACUGCAAAGACAGUCAAUCCCAUCCUGGAUCAAGAACACUCAACCCUCUUGCCUAAAUUGUUUAUUGCGUAAUUUUAUAUAUAUAUAUAUAUAUAUAUAUAUAUAUAUAUAUAUUAUCAUUUUAAUAGCGCCCAUUAUGUGCAUUUCCAGUAAUACCCAGUAUGGUACAGAAACGGUGUGACAUUAUGAAAAUCUUGAUACUGCCCAACCUUACCCACCCCUCGCCCAUAUAAGGCUCUGCCUGUAUUCUGUAACUGGGAUUUCUCCAUGAAGGGUCACUAUGAAUGAACUUCAACCCUUGACCUUUUACUGGAACUGUUAUGCUGUGUCCUGGAAACCAAUACUAAGGUUACAACUAUGAGAUGCUUUUUGCCUUCAGUAAAACCCUGGUCGAUGACUUCAUGUUUGCUAAAGCAGGUCAUAACUGAUGGUAGUUUAGUUGCAGAAUACAUUUCGUUGGUCUUAAUUUUUUUGUGUGUAUUUUAUUGAAGCAAAGACUGUUUACAAAUUCAGCUGUCGGAGUCAAAAAAUUAUGGUAGUUAUGCAUCUUGUUUGUUGAAACAGGCAACAUUAUAGAAGCCUUGGUCCAUAGGGAUUCUCAAGUCAGAUAUUGACAGACUAAAUGAAAAUGGAUAUUCGUUAAGAAUGUUUUUGGAAGCACUUCUCAUAGAAAAACAGGAGAAUUGGAAAUUCACUUUACUUCCUGAAUUGAAAUGGAAUUGACCCCAACACUGCUUUUCAAUAUCCAGUCCCCGGUUGUUUGUACAGGGAAUGUAUUUUAUACAACUGUCGUGAUAAAAACUAGAUGUUUGUUGUGAGAUAGACAGCACAUGUAUGUUGCAUUGAUGUCUGACUAUCCAUGUACUUUGUCUGUUUAACUCUACGUGGAUCUUUAUUUGAAAAGUACAUUUUAUAUUCUUCUGAUUCUGAAGGACCAUACAUUUAUUUUUUUGUGGUUUACAACAUUGUUUGACUGUGAACUGUUGUGUAUUAAUCUGUUAAUUAAAUUGUAUUAGGUUCACUUUGUC